UGCGUACAUAUGCAUUAGUGUAUGUGUGUGUACGCUCUGGCAGGGUCUAUAUAAUUAUUUUUGGACCUAACCAGGUUACCAUGGGUCAGAUCGGUAACUGAGUUGGUAAUGUAUAUUAUUAUUAUCAUCAUAAUUUUUAUGCUUAAACCAGCCACUGGGGGAUGCCAGCACAAGUCAGUGCCGGUCCCAAGCCCGGUAAAUGGUGAGUGUUGGAGGCAGGAAUGACAUCCGAACGGGCGUUCAAUACGGGCGUAACGGAAGAACAGAGGCUGCAGGCUUCGAAAGGGAACGUUUAAUGUCGGGGACAGGGCCGGGAACAAGCAGACCUGAUGGAGAGACGAGUGUGUGCUGUGUAUCCAAGAGAUCGGGAGGAAAGUCGGAGCAAAUGCGCAAGGAAGAAACCAAAGGCUGCAGCAUUGAGGGAUCAGUUUUCACUUUUGUCCCAGAGGUUUGCGGGCCGAAGACACCUUCACGACGCAGCCUGAGCGAGGUUUCACGGCAAGGCUUGGAAAAGGAACAAGACCCUUGCCGCGAGCACCAACUGCCGCUGAACUUCUACUGCGCCACCUGCAAGGAGGUCAUCUGCCGGGACUGCACGGUCGUGACGCACCCAUACGACCUCCACAGGAUCCUGGACACUGCCGACGCCCUUGCCACGCUCCGCACCAGCGCCCUCGCCCUCCUGCGCCACUACACACUCGUCCGGUCCUUCCAUACGUCCCUCUCCUCAGCCCUCGAGAUGUACAUCGUGAACAACCCUUCUAUGACGCACGCCUGCAUGGAGAUCGCCGACCGCCUGGAUAUCGAGAGCGGAGAUUACCUGCAGCAGGCGGUGAAGGAGGCGGAGAUCCUGGUGGAGAGCGAGAGCAAUCUGCACCGCUUCGGCUCCAAGGUCCGGGAGUGGGAGGGCCGUCAGGAGGACUGGAGCGGCGUGGUGUUCCUGGCGCUGAGAUGUCAGCUCCUGGCCGGCUAUAAGUCGGCCAGUGAUAAGGUCUUUCUGAGUCUACUUCUACUGACGAUCCGAUUCUCCGAUUCUCUUUCUCCAAUCCUAAGAGUGGGGGAUUGGGUGAUAGCUACCCCUUGGAUCUAUCUGCGACAUCUUCUAGAACCUUAUCUUCCCGAAAAGGGUGCCACGGAUACAGCCAACACUAAUCUGCAUGCUAAACAGCCUUCGAAGACCGGUCCCAGGAGUCCAAGUCCCCGGGGGCGCGACAAGUCCUUCCCCCACAAUGCCCGCCAGAUGGUGCUAAACAAUCUCCUGCCCUACGUCAUCUUCAACCCGGAGAUAAGGUACUUCCUCCAGAUCAGCGACCUGCGCAACACGGAGGUGACGCUGGUGGUGGAGCCCUCCAGCAACCACGUCCGCGAGUACCUGACGCGGCGCCACCACGCGGCCGCGCCCUCGACCCAGACGCUGCGGGCCGGCUUCUCCUUCGCCGACGACGCGCUCAACUUCGUUGAGAAACAGUUCAUGAUGGGGGGGCGUCACAAGUCCCGGGUGGUGGGGUCGUACAUGGUCGUAGAGGGAGGUCAAGGGGGCAGAGAGGCAGGGACCGGCGUGCAGCGGAUCGUCAAAGUCAGCCUCCCCGACGUGACUAUAGUGGACGGGGGGCGGGGCUUCCCUUCCGUCGGCUGCAGGAAGGUCAACAAAGGGGACGUCAUGCUCGACCACCAAUUCAGAGGCAGACCCGUCCUGAGCGUGGCCUUGAGGGACAUCAGCGACGUCUCCGCCUUCCACCUCGGCCACGUCACGCGGGGUCUCGACGGCCUCACCUACCUCAUCGAGGCCGAAGAGUACCGCAAAGCCGAGACGGGCUUCCGGGCGAAGAUCCUGGCGACGGUGCGGCGCGAGGAGGAGGCCACCUACCAGGUCACCCUCGGCAUGGACAUCUGAGUGGCAGUGCUCGGAAAAGAUAAACGCGGGAGAGACGAAAAGGGACGAGGAAAUUCUGUCAAGAUAAAAGUAUAUGGAGGAACCGAGAUAAAGAUGGGAGGAAGGAAAAUUGCGAGAACGGGUGAUUUCUCUUGUGUGUAAAUCAUCAUGAUCUAAUUAUUAGCUCCGCUUACCCCAUACUCAUUGUAAACGUGUAAAUAUUCACAUUUCCAAGUUGACCAGUCUCCAAAUAAAUGAAUACACAGAACUGUAUAAAUAGAGAAGAUUCAGAUGAUAAGAUAAUAUAUACAUCCUUUUACGCUAGCUUAGAGAAAUGCUGAUUGGCUAAUAUUAACAUAUUUGGAAAACUUCAAAAAUAUGUGUAUUCUACAAUUCCUUUUUUCCUUAUAUACCAUAAUCAUCUUCCAAAUGGAUUACUUAUUAGUAUUUGUUAUGUUUAAACAUCAAAACUCUGCAGUUGUGAGCAUUUGUCAAAAGUGGUCAUUUAAAAAAUAAGAAAAUAAGUAAUAAUGUAUGAGUAGAUAGGUAAUGUCUAUGGAAGCUAGUUAGAUCCUAGUUGCACUCUCCUUUUAGUGGGUCGUGUGGCAUGGUUGGUUUAGUACUGGCCC